AUGAGCCGAGGGAAGCCGAAGAGCUCCGAGGAACCGACAGGAGCAGAUCGGCUCCCUCCUCUGUCUCCGCAUCCAUUCCCGGUCAGAGGGUCGGAGGAUGAAUCCGCUCUCAGCCGCUCUGUGACGGAGAAGCCGCAGCAGAACGAGCCGAACACCAGAGAGGACCCGUCCUCAGCCCGCGGUCAGCCAUGCCGUUAGUGAAGAGGAUUAUCGAACCCAGGUAUCUGUGUCGCGGGACACUGCCCAACGGCGUUGCCAGUGAACUGGAGUGUGUCACCAACAGCACGUUAGCUGCUGUCAUCAAACAGCUGGGAGGACUCAGUCGACAUGCGGAGGACAUCUUUGGCGAGUUGUUCACGGAGGCCAACAGUUUCUACCUGAGGAUGAACAGUCUGCAGGAGAGAGUGGACCUGUUGGCAGUGAAGGUCACACAGCUCGACUCCACCGUGGAGGAAGUUUCUCUGCAGGACAUCAACAUGAGGAAGGCCUUCAGGAGCAGCACCAUCCAGGACCAGCAGGUGGUGUCACGGAGCUCCAUCCUCAACCCGGUGCUGGAGAUGUACCAACGCUGCGACAAACCCCCCCCCCUCAACAUCUUGACUCCCUACAGGGAUGAUAAGAAGGAUGGUCUGAAGUUUUAUACCGACCCGUCGUAUUUCUUCAACCUGUGGAGGGAGAAGAUGCUGCAGGCCACCGAGAACAAACGCAAGGAGAAGAGACGACAAAAGGAGCAGAAACAUGUGGAGGAGUCUUCAGGUCGGGAGGUGAAGAAGGUUCGGAAAGCUCGUAACCGGCGUCAGGAGUGGAACCUGAUGGCGUACGACAAGGAGCUCCGCCCAGACGCUCGAGUGACGCCGUCACCUUACCACACCUCUGACGGCUCCAUGUCACCUGACAGGUCAGGGACGUCAGAUGACCCUUCCUUCCCUGCCAGCCCCCACCACCACGACACCCAGGGGCAUGAUGGGAAGGAUCACGUCACCGUGGCAACCGGAGGAAGCGGUCAGACUCAGUCGUUGGACCGAGCUCUCCGACCUGCCUCUGCGUCCUCUGCUGUCACUGCAGCGACUGCCCGCCAGCACUCUCUGGGCCGUAACCAGCCGCAUCACCACCACCACCACCCGCAGCCACCCGCCGGCUCGACCAAUCAGAACGGAACACGGACCAACGCCGUCAAAGAGGCCAAUGACCAUCAGAUCCCUCCCGCCCCCCCGCCACCUCCCCCUCUCAUUCCAUCGGCGGGACAGAUGGGAUUCCCUAACAGCUCCACCCACACUGCUGCCAUGGCAACGCCACUGCACCCAGCUGCUGCUCCCGGUAACCAAGGUGGCGCCGCUGCCCUCUCUCGCCCUUACAGUCCCUCCCCUCCCCCGCCUCCACCAGCUAACUACGUCCCCUCCCCCUCUCGGCCCGGAGGCCACGCUCCGCCCUCGGCUGCUGCGGCACCCCCGUUGCCCACGGUGAUGGACGGCAGGAAGCCUCCUGGCGGACCGAACGUGCCGAUGAACGAUGCCCGCAGUGACCUGCUGGCCGCCAUACGCAGAGGGAUCCAGCUGAGGAAGGUUCAGGAGCAGCGUGAGCAGGAGGAGGCCAAGAAACGCGAACCCACAGGAAAUGAUGUCGCCACCAUCCUGUCACGGCGCAUUGCUGUUGAGUACAGCGAAUCAGAGGAGGAGUCUGAACCCGAGGACCAGGAGUGGUCUGACUGAGGAGGAGGAGGAGCAGGAGGAAGGUCACAGUCUGAUUGUUUUACAUCAACACCGAACCGAUAGGAACAGAACGACACUGAUUUAAUAUCAUCAUGGUUCAUAUCUGCAGCUGAGAGAGAAAAUAAACCUGACAAAUGUAGAUAAAGAACAGACACAAACACUGAUCUAGAUUGAACAGAUUGUUGUGAAACCUGCUGCUCUGCAGCGCCCCCCUCAGGACAAACUGUUCAGAAACUGCAGCUUGCAGGGGGUGCUGACACUAACUCCUUAAAGUGAUAAAAUUAAUGACAGGAAAUAUUUCUGACAGGUCAGGUAUUUGAGAGAUUGUCCUGCAGGUGGCGCUCACUCUGGUGUUUCUAAUGAGAUGUUAACGAGGCGUCUGUUCGUUGACCUCUCACCCUGAAGUGGACGAAAAACUGUGACGUUCUUCUUCCUCAUGGAUAAAAAAUGUUUCUCACUGCGACCGCAGCUCUGAUGGUUCAUAUAAGCAGUUUUUCAGUUUCAUGACUUUUAUUUUGAAAAGUUGUUUUUCAGUUUUAUGACUUUCAUUUUGAAAAGUUGUUCAGUGGAGAAACAUUUUGUUUUUCUUUUGCUGUGGAAACAUCUUAUGUCUUUUAAAUCUAAAUAUUUCUUCUGCUUUAAAGAGUUUUCUUCUUUCAAGUAUGAAAUAAAGUGGAAUUUAUUUAUUUAUUUUUUUUCAUGGUUUGUCUUUUUAAAUAUUUUUUGUUGAAUGAUUUUGUCUUCAGAGGUGAUGUAUUUUACUUCCUGUAAAUAUUUGACUUGUGAACAUUGACAUGUUUCCUUGUGUGCUCUGCUGGUAUCAGCAUCCGGUUCAUUAGUUGUCAUGGUAACCAGAGAAGAGUCUUUUUAAAAUUGUAUUUAAUGAAUUUGGAGAAAAAGUCACUUUCUUAUUUUGUAUUUUUAUUCAAUGUUUUUUCAUUCCAGUUGACCUCCCAUGAUGCAUUUUGUUUUUACGUGAUGUUAUUUUGCAGCUUUAGAGUCACCAGUAUGGUGUAAUGAUGACAUCAUCAGUGGGUGGCGCCAUCUGGCAGCAGACUGCUGUAACUGUAACUGAUGUCAUUGCUGAUGCUGUUGAUAUAAACGAUGAACUGACUUCCUGUCCUGUACCAUCUGUGAGAUUUAUUGGUUUAUUGAUUUAUUGGUUUAUUGAUCUGUGCUGUUUCUGCUGUGAUCUGCAUGUUGGUGGAAAAAGUUAAACUGUGAAAUCUUCAAAAGACAAAACUUUAUCGACAAAACCUGA